GGAUCGCUUCCUCAGGAAGUGGAAGGCCUGAGGCCGUUGUGGUGGCGUCGUCAAUUCAGCUCCGCGGGGGCCCUGGGGGGGAGGGGGUGCUGUGCGGACAUGGCGGACCUUGACCCCCGCUACCCCUGCUCUUCCAUCGAGGACGACUUCAACUAUGGCAGCUGCGUGGCCUCCGCCAGCGUGCACAUCCGAAUGGCCUUUCUAAGAAAAGUCUACAGCAUCCUUUCUCUCCAAGUUCUCUUAACUACAGUGACAUCAGCAUUUUUUUUAUACUUUGAUUCUAUACGGACAUUUGUACAUGAAAGUCCUGCCUUAAUUUUGGUGUUGGCCCUUGGAUCCUUGGGUUUGAUUUUAGCCUUGACUGUAAACAGACAUAAGCAUCCCCUUAACCUAUACCUGCUUUUUGGAUUUACACUGUUGGAAUCUCUGACCGUGGCCUUCGUUGUUACUUUCUAUGAUGUGUAUGUUGUCCUGCAAGCUUUCAUACUGACUUGUGCAGUAUUUCUUGGUUUGACUGUAUAUACUUUACAGUCUAAGAGAGAUUUCAGCAAAUUUGGAGCAGGACUGUUUGCUGGUUUGUGGAUUUUGUGUUUGUCAGGAAUCUUGAGGUUGUUUUUUUACAGUGAGACAGUAGAGUUGGUCUUGGCUGCUGGGGGAGCCCUUCUUUUCUGCGGAUUCAUCAUCUAUGACACACACUCACUGAUGCACAGGCUGUCACCUGAAGAGUAUGUAUUAGCUGCCAUCAACCUCUACUUGGAUAUCAUCAAUCUCUUCUUGCACCUGUUACGGGUUUUGGAAGCAGCUAAUAAAAAGUGAUUGAAAGCAGUAUAUAGAAACUGAUUCCUUAAGUAAUAAAGUUUGAGACAUAAUUGUUAAAUACUUUUAAGAUCUUAUUUGUAUGCUGUGUAUUAUAAAGUAUAAAUCUCCUUUGACUAGAUUUUAAUCUUAUUUAGAAAGGAAAAAGUACGAAAGAUAAAUUACAGGGAAUUAUUCAGUAUUACAAUAAAAUUAUAUUAAAAUGUUAA